GGGGAGCAAAGAUUCGGGUGCGAGGGAGCACCAUGAAGUGCCCAAGUCAGCUUAUCUGGGAGAAAGCCGGUGCCAGGGAAUGGCCAGCGCACUUGUCCAGGGAUGGCGAUGCCAGGUGAUCCUCCCCAGCCCAGGCUGGGAGGGUCGGUCCAGAACUGUUGGAGCCGGUGUAAAACCCAUGGGCAAAAAGUGAUCCUAAACAGCACGAGGAGGGGGACAGCCAUGGAAUGUAACUCUCCCAGCUCCCCAGUUGAUAAAUCUGCCCCAGCUCCUCCUUAAAAUGCCCUUUCUGAGCCCCUGAUCUUGGGGGAUCCGCAGUGUCGGAGCCUGGCAUGCAGGAAGAUCCAGCUGUGGAUUGAAUGCCAGGAAUCGAGGGCAGAGCCGGCACCUGUGAGCCAUGGCAGCACCUUGUCUUUGCUGAUCCUUUCCUGACCUCUCUGUGAGAGCUCACCCUCACACAGAAAUGGGUCACUCCUUCACCCUCUAUGUGUAUUUUCCUGGUGAAAAUAAAAGCACGGGAACAUCUACAGUGGGUGACACCCCAGGUCUAUCAAGCAUGCAGAAACGAGGAGAGACCCAGGAGGAAGAGGGAGAGGAUGGGCAACUCAAACACCCCAACCUGGUGAACCUGCUGGAGGUGUUCAGGAGGAAGCGGAAGCUGCACCUGGUGUUCGAGUACUGUGACCACACGGUUCUCCACGAGCUGGACAGGCACCCCCGGGGGGUGCCGGAGUACCUGGUGAAGAGCAUAACCUGGCAGACCCUCCAGGCCGUGAACUUCUGCCAUAAACACAACUGCAUCCACCGAGAUGUAAAGCCAGAAAACAUCCUGAUAACGAAGCACUCCGUCAUCAAACUCUGUGACUUCGGAUUUGCUCGAAUACUGACCGGUCCCAGUGACUACUACACAGACUACGUGGCCACCCGGUGGUACCGUUCCCCGGAGCUGCUGGUGGGGGACACCCAGUACGGGCCCCCCGUGGACGUCUGGGCCAUCGGCUGCGUCUUCGCCGAGCUGCUCUCGGGGGUCCCGCUGUGGCCUGGGAAGUCUGACGUGGACCAGCUGUACCUCAUCCGGAGAACCCUGGGGGAUCUCAUUCCCAGGCACCAGCAAGUGUUCAGCACCAACCAGUUCUUCAGCGGGGUAAGAAUUCCAGACCCGGAGAGCAUGGAGCCAUUGGAAGUGAAAUUCCCCAAUAUUUCAUACUCUGCUCUGUCUCUCAUGAAGGCAUGCCUUCGGAUGGACCCUGCGGAGAGGCAAACCUGUGAGCAGCUGCUGCAGCAUCCCUACUUUGACAGCUUCAGGGAGGCAGUGGAUCUGGGGAAAGAACGGGAAAAGACAGCUCGGAAACCAGCUAGGCUGACUCGGAAGCACAUGCCAGGGUUACAGCACCUGCCCCAGCUGACCAGCAGUAACGUUCUCCCAGCUUUGGACAGCAAGAAGCACUGCUGCAAGACAAGGAAAUCCAACUACCACUUCCCAAACAUCUGACCAGAUUCAGACUUGAUUGUUCAAAGUUCAAGGGUAAAUUUGGGAUUUAUAAAGGGAGGAUACACAGUGGAAAACUAAAUUACUAAAUGCUGUGACAUGUACAAAGUGAGUCCAGCCUGAUGAGAGGCUGCCUGACUGCUCCAGGUAGUUCCCAGCCUGCUCCAGGGAUACACCUGCCUUACUACUGCACUUACAGAUCACAGAGUAUUGAAACUACUGGUCGUGGCUUCACAGGCUCAACAGGCACCACUCCCAGGAGAACAGACCAACCAUAACCUCUGGUUUCUUUACUCUUUUCAGAGUUUCUCCUGAGUGUUUCAUCCGUUGAUUGCUCUUCUUUGCUCUGACAAUAGUGAAGCCACUUGCUUGUAGUUACAGGAAUUGUUUUGAUCAAAACUAAUCAUGAACUUAAUUUAUAACAAUGGCCAGACACAGGUAGGAAUCCUACCUUAGUGUUUGUGUUAAGAGUGACUCGGGUUUGUGGAAUCUCAGGAUGUAAUAUUGGGUUGAUUUUGAAUAAAAGAAAUGUAGCUUGUUUUUCCAA